AUGAACUUUGAAGAGUAUUUCUCGUUCCAGAUUUUUUUCAUCUUUCUAAGAGAGUCGCUUGAAAUUGUGGUUAUCAUCUCGAUCCUUCUGGCAAUCGUGAAGCAGGCGCUGGCCAUAAAUGUCGAGUGUGAAAGCAAUGAGGAUCCUGGAUCUAGCAGUUCGCGGGGUUUAGAGUCUGUACCCUUGACUGUGGAAGAGGAAGAGGAAGAGUUUGAAUUUGGAGAGGAAGCGCUGCAGACUAAUGAGGAAGGCGCUGGCGGCGCUGAUAAUGAGAAGUUGUACUCGAAAUUGAAGUGGCAAAUAGUUUCUGGUGGCAUCGUUGGUCUGCUGAUGUGCAUGCUAAUUGGAGGAGGGUUUAUUGUGAUCUUCUACCGCAUCGGCACCGAUCUGUGGAGUCUAGGAGAGCAUUACUACGAGGGAAUAUUGAGUAUUGUUGCAUCCGUUAUCAUCUCUUUCAUGGGUUUGUUCUUCCUACGUAUGGGUAAGCUGAGAGAGAAAUUUAGGGUGAAGCUAGCAACGAUCAUCUAUUCUGACAGAUCGAUGAUGCUCAGGGCCGGGGGACAAGAUGCUGUCAGGUUCAGCGAAAGAUAUGCGUUUUUUAUCUUGCCUUUUAUCACUUGCCUCAGGGAGGGCCUUGAAGCAGUAGUUUUCGUCGGUGGAGUCGGGCUCGAUCAGCCUUUGUCCUCAAUUCCUCUCUCGAUGAUCACUGCAGCAUCGAUCAGUGCCGUUUUUGGCUAUUUCUUCUUCCGCUAUUCAGGCUCUUUGUCUUUGAAGAUUUGUCUAGUGGUGGCAACCUGUUUCCUGUAUCUGAUUUCUGCUGGGCUUUUCUCUAAAGGUGUAUGGCAGCUUGAGCUACAGGACUAUAUCAACAAAAGCAACGGUCAAGAUAUGUCGGAAGUUGGCAGUGGUCCCGGCUCUUACGAUAUUUCAAGGUCUGUCUGGCAUGUGAAUUGUUGCAAUGGCGAAAGAGAUGGCGGCUGGAUGAUCCUAACCGCAAUAUUCGGUUGGACCAACAGCGCGACUUAUGGAUCUGUUAUCAGUUACAAUGCUUACUGGCUCGUGAUUAUUGGAAUAAUUAAGCUGUUGAAAACAGAGGAACAUGGCUAUGUUCCUCAUCUUCCCUUAUUUAUUCAGAAGAAGCGUAUGAUCAAACGGCUACGCAUAGCUGAAAAAUCCCUAAGACUAAAGAACUCUGCACAGGAUAGGAUUCCAAACGUAGCUAAUUCAAAUCCAAGAAUAUCUGAAGAGAGUUCCGCACCCCUGGUUAGUUCGGGUACAGGUGUCGGUAACGGCUCUAUACAACAAUCAUGA